ACUGAUUGGGUCAUGCUGAAAACAUUCCUGUCCUAUGAAGCAAGUCUGUUUGUAUUUCAGGUUUGCCAGGACUAAUGAAUUAAAAAUCUUGGGCUCACCACAGUUUGCUGCUUAAUAAUGCCUGUGACAGAAGGAUUUUUUCCUCCCUGGAGCGUGACAGCAUCAUAAUCCCUUGUCACUGGCAAGGAGAGGAAGGAGAAGCAUAACUGUGGAGAAAAGCGGAAAAGGGUGAUCUUUUGGGACAGCAAAGCCUAUGGGAAGUGCAGGUAGCAGCAUGUUGCCCUAACAGCUGUCUCAGCUUCUCAGACCUUGUCAGUUCGUUGCUAUGCAGCAGGUGCAGCCUUUUCUUUUAUUGAAGCUUUACUCCAUAAAGGCAACGACAAGCCAAGGCAGUGGCUGGCCCUGGAUUAUACAAGUGCAGACACUCCGCUAAGUGAGGGUUUCAUCUCAGUAAAACCACCUUUUGUAAUUGAUGGUCUCAGAAGAAAGACGGAGGACGGAAUAAGGUCCCGAUCCGGGAGCCAAACCCAUGCAGACAGACCCCUAACCUGCACAGACUUCCACUGAGAAAUCACCACCAAGCUGGAACAAACAAGUAAAAGCAUUGACUCAAGUGCCCACAUGAUCACUACCGCCAGGGUACCUGCUGAUAAGCAAGUACGAAUUGCCUUCAGCCUGAAUGAAUCCCCAGAUGAUGCUUCCCCUGAAAACUUGUCUUUGGCAUUUCCAGAACUAGAUCAGCAGCUGCAGCCUCUGCCUCCUUGUCACGAGUCUAAGGAAUCUAUGCAGGUGUAUAAACAGCACUGCAAAAUAGCAGAAGAGUACCAUGAAGUCAAGAAAGAAAUUGCUCUGCUGGAAGAAAGAAAAAAGGAGCUGAUUGCCAGGCUGGAACAAGUGGAAAAAGAAAGCAUGGAUGCUGCUCAGCUGGCUAAGGAAUAUGCAGAACUGACAGAGGAGAACCGAACACUGAAGCUGGCCCAGACGCAGUGCGUGGAGCAACUGGAAAAGCUCAGAAUACAGUAUCAAAAAAGACAGGGUUCCUCAUAACUCCCAACUAGCUUGUGUGAGGCAGUUCAUAAAUGAUUGGUCCUGUGUUGGAAAGAGAUUUUAAAAUAAGGAUCUGUUUAAUAUGUUAUAAUACUUUACUACAGAUACGGAGUAUGUAGAAGUCUAUAUUUGAUUUAAUGCUUGCCAGCCAGUAACUUAAUAUAAUGGAUAUUUUAUCCAUUAUAUAAUGGAUAUUUUAUUUCAAGUAACAUAAUUGAAGUUAAUCUAUCCCCAUUAUAUGUUCUAGUAGAUCAGAUUUCUUUUCUAAACAUAUUUCUUCCAAUUUAAGAAGAUAUGGACACACUAGAAAAUGGUAUAAAUAGUUCCUGUGUUGGAAAUUUGGAUCAUACUAAGGCAUACAGCAGGGACAAUGUUAGUAUAUGGAAUACAUGUAUGUUAAAUUUAGUUUGGUGAAGAUUUUUUUUGAAUUAUUUUCCUCAUGCCUGAAGUGUUUGGAAGUUAUCUUAAAACAGAUCUCCUCACUGGUAAAAACUGUACUUCAUUAUCCCAUGUCAACUUUACAUUGUUAUAUAAAAUCUGAGAAAUUGCACAUUAAAAAUUGAAGUAAUAUAUUUUUUUUUUCAAAUGAGUGCACUGCCAGUAAUAAUUAGCAAGUUAUGAAAAUAAAAGAAAACAGUUGAGAUCAAAAUUUCCUUCCUUAAGUGUAAAGAUUUGAGAGUCUUUUGGCUCUUGUACUUUUUGGCAUGCAAGAAAUGAAAAAUUAAUAUAAGAAUCAUAGUUUCAUCAUAGUUUCAACUGAGAAUAUGUCAGUAAAAGUGCUGAGAGGAUAUUUUGUUCUUAUUUUCUGGUCUGUUUUGAAACAUAAGUGGCUCUAAGUAGGGACAGGAUGUACAAAUAACUGAGAAUAUACAAAUAAUGGGGAUAUACAAA